GACGGUUCCGAGUCGCAGUGGCGCGGGCGGGGGCACUGCCUGCUGAGCACCCGCCCCAGCACAGUCUCGGCCUGCUCGCCAUGGACGACGAAGAUGUCGCCAACCGCAAGGUCUCCUUCCGAAAGUGCCUGGAGCACCUCUCCGGGGCCGGCAAGGCCAUCGGAGUGCUGACCAGCGGCGGGGAUGCCCAAGGUAUGAACGCCGCUGUCCGUGCCGUGGUGCGCAUGGGAAUAUACGUGGGGGCCAAAGUGUACUUUAUCUAUGAGGGUUACCAAGGCAUGGUUGAUGGUGGCAGAAACAUUGUUGAAGCCAGUUGGGAGAGCGUCUCGAGCAUUCUCCAAGUGGGAGGGACCAUUAUUGGCAGUGCUCGUUGCAAAGCCUUCCGCACUCGGGAAGGUCGCCUGAGAGCUGCUCAUAACUUGGUUCAGCGGGGCAUCACCAACCUGUGUGUGAUCGGCGGGGACGGAAGUCUCACGGGGGCCAAUAUCUUCCGGAAAGAGUGGAGCGGGCUGUUGGAAGAGCUGGCCCAAAAUGGCGAGAUCGACAAGGAGCAGGUGCAGAAGCACGCGUACCUCAACGUCGUGGGCAUGGUGGGUUCCAUCGACAACGACUUCUGUGGGACCGACAUGACCAUCGGCACCGACUCCGCCUUGCACAGGAUAAUCGAGGUUGUCGACGCCAUCAUGACCACCGCCCAGAGCCACCAGAGGACCUUUGUUCUCGAGGUGAUGGGGAGACACUGCGGGUACCUCGCCCUGGUGAGCGCCCUGGCCUGUGGAGCGGACUGGGUGUUCCUUCCGGAAUCCCCACCAGAAGAAGGCUGGCAGGAGAAUAUGUGCAUCAAGCUGUCCGAGAACCGUGCCCGGAAAAAAAGACUGAAUAUCAUAAUUGUGGCUGAGGGAGCCAUAGAUACCCAAAAUAAACCUAUUACCUCUGAGCAAAUCAAGGAGCUCGUGGUCAAGCAGCUGGGAUACGACACGCGGGUGACCAUCCUUGGACACGUGCAGAGAGGUGGGACUCCUUCGGCCUUUGACAGGAUUUUGGCUAGUCGCAUGGGGGUGGAGGCCGUGGUCGCCCUUCUGCAGGCCACCCCAGAGACCCCGGCCUGCGUGGUGUCGCUGAGCGGGAACCAGGCUGUGCGCUUGCCGCUGGUGGAGUGCGUGCAGAUGACCCAGGACGUGCAGAGGGCCAUGGACGAGAGGAGAUUUAAGGACGCCGUGCGGCUCCGCGGGAGGAGCUUCGAGAGCAAUCUGAACACCUACAAGCGGCUCGCCAUCAAGUUGCCGGAUGAUCAGAUCGUGAAGAGCAACUGUACCGUGGCCAUCAUCAACGUGGGGGCGCCCGCCGCCGGGAUGAAUGCCGCCGUGCGCUCGGCCGUGCGCGUGGGCAUCUCAGACGGGCACAAGAUGCUCGCCAUCUACGACGGCUUUGAGGGUUUUGCCAAAGGCCAGAUAAAGGAGAUCGGCUGGGGGGAUGUCGGAGGUUGGACUGGCCAAGGAGGCUCCAUUCUCGGGACCAAACGCACGCUGCCUGGGAAGUCUUUGGAGGACAUUGCCAUACAGAUGCGAAAGCACAGCAUCAACGCGCUGCUGAUCAUCGGUGGAUUUGAGGCUUACCUGGGACUGCUCGAGCUGUCAGCUGCCCGGGACAAGUACGAGGAGCUCUGUGUCCCUAUGGUUAUGGUCCCCGCCACGGUCUCCAACAAUGUGCCGGGCUCCGAUUUCAGCAUCGGCGCAGACACCGCCCUGAACACCAUCACCGACGCUUUCGAGAGCGCCAUUCUGUUCGCUGAUGUGCGCGACCGCCACCAGGAGUUUUGUGUUCCCAUUUGCGUCCUGCCGGCCACCAUUAGCAACAGUGUCCCAGGCACGGACCUGAGCAUGGGCUCUGACACUGGCCUCAAUGCCGUGGUGGAGACGUGUGACCGCAUCAAACAGUCGGCCAGUGGGACCAAGCGCCGCGUGUUCAUCAUCGAGACCAUGGGGGGCUACUGCGGCUACCUGGCCAACAUGGGGGGGCUCGCCGCCGGAGCCGAUGCUGCCUACAUUUUUGAGGAGCCGUUUGAUAUCCGAGACCUGCAGUCCAACGUGGAGCACCUGACGGAGAAGAUGAAGACCACCAUUCAGAGGGGACUCGUGCUCAGGAACGAGAGCUGCAGCGAGAACUACACCACGGACUUCAUCUACCAGCUGUACUCGGAGGAGGGCAAGGGCGUGUUCGACUGCAGGAAGAACGUGCUGGGCCACAUGCAGCAGGGUGGAGCGCCUUCACCCUUUGAUAGAAACUUUGGAACCAAAAUCUCUGCCAGGGCCAUGCAGUGGAUCAGCACGAAACUGAAAGAGGCUCCGGGCAAAGGAAGAAGAUUUAUGAGCGAUGAUUCCAUCUGUGUGCUGGGAAUAAGCAAGAGAAACCUUCUUUUCCAACCUGUGGCCCAGCUGAGGCAGGAGACAGACUUUGAGCACAGGAUCCCCAAAGAGCAGUGGUGGCUGAAGCUGCGGCCGCUCAUGAAGAUCCUGGCCAAGUACAAGGCCAGCUACGAGGUCUCCGACUCCAACCAGCUGGAGCCCAUGCCUCACCGAGGCCACGAGGAGCCUGCUGCCAUCUAGACGCCGCUGGACCCGCCCCACCCGGCCAGUGCAGCUCGGGACUUCCGUUUACCACCCGUCUUUGUAACACUUAAGUUAUUUAUCGGCACUUUGAUGCGAGUACUGUUGAUGUUAAUACCUAGUCACAGAGCCCCCAUCCUGUGUCCUUCAUCCCCACGGGACCCUAAGACUCCAGCACGAGCUGUCGGCUGUGUCUCCUACUGUGUCCUGCUUUAAACCGUGCGUAGCCAGUAGAAUUAAACAUUUAGCUCAAACUCCCAA